AUGGUUAUUAGCUUCGCUUUGCCAUGUCUCAGUGCUAAAUACCGCGGCGAGAAACUGCUCAUGCUGGGAACCAUGACCGCCGCAUGGGAGCUAUACCAGGGUGGGCGCAGGAUAUUCUGUAUCAUUGAGCCAUGGCUUCAUGGAAGCAUCUUUUCAAAAUAUGACUUCUGGAAGAUGCAGUCAGGCAACCUUGCUCCGGAAAUUAAUGAAGCUCUCAGUCAGCUAGAUGAGUUAAACUCCGAGUCUCUCAUCGCUGAGUGCCACACUGAGAUUUGGGAUAGCAACCAUGAGACAAUCGAGCUGUUACGAUUGUGCUUCUCUAAAUUUGCACAUAGUCCUCAUCCGGCUGCGAUCCUUGGCUGGCUCGUAUAUGUGAAAAAGACAUUUGUCGAUCAGCUAUGCUCAAGAAAGCCGUUGCAAUUGCCAAUUGGUUAUAUUUAUGCACUGGGGCGUUCUCCUGAAUGA